UAAAUAAGGAUAUAACAUUACCAUACCGUAUGAACGAAAAGUGCAAUGACGAUGUCUGAGUCGAUACUUGGAAGAUGUCUUUUAAUGUGUCCACUAAAAGAGCAACGGAUGUAAGUCUCUGCUACACAGAACACUUGCACUGAAAAGAACCGAGAGAUAUGAACGAGAUUGCUAUUUGUAACUUAAAUUUUAAUGUUUAACAACUACAUUCUGCACUUAUAUAAGCAGGAUAAUUGAAUUUAUAAGAGGGAGGUGGAAGGAUUAUUACAUAAAUAUGAAAUUGAUGAGAAAACGAAACACAUGAAAAGAUCUAAGGUUGAUCCUGGCAAAGCUGUCAAGUGCUUUAGUCGUUCUGCUGCUGGUCAAGUUAUGACAAAUCCAGAUUCAUUACGUCCACCACAUAUAUUACUAUCUACUAUUCAAUAUCUGUUUACAGAGAUAGUUACAAAAACAGAUUUAAAUUGGGUGUUGAUAUAUGAUUUUGUAUUUGAUCGAUUGAGGUCAGUGCGACAAGAUGCUGUAAUUCAAAGAAUUGAUACCACUGCAUAUAUUCGUCUCCUAGAACCGAUUACCCGCUUCCACAUUUACGCAGCGCAAAGGCUAUGUGAGAGAAAUAUUUCAGAAUUUGAUGCAAAGAUAAAUAAUAAGCAUUUGUUAGAAUGUAUCAAGCAUUUACUUGUGCUGUACGAUGAACAAGAUAGCAAAAGUGUGACAGAUAAUAUGGACUUAUAUAAAGAUUUUGACAAAAUGACAAUAAACAAUAAUCGAUCAGAAAUAGAAGCUUCCUACAUUCUCCUUCAUAUCGGAGAUCAAGAUGCUCUGCAAAGAGCUCUUACUCUUUCAUCAGAUUUGAAAAAUUCACCAGCAGUUAAAUUAGCUAUACAAAUAUCAUUGGCUUGGUACUUGAGGAACUAUGUUCGUGUCCACUAUUUAAUUCAACGACUAUCUCCAAUACUAGCUUGUGCAUUUUUUUCUAAUUUACAAAGCUUCAGGAGAAAUGUUUUACAAAUCAUGAGUUCUGGUUAUAAUAACAAAAUGUUAAUAUUCCCGGGAUUAAAAUUACAGGAACUGUUGUUCUACAAAGAUAUAAGUAAAAUCCAGGCAGAUUGCAAUCUAUUUGGAUUGACGUUCACUAACGAAAAUGUUCUUUUCCAGAAAUCACAGUUCAACGAAAAAAUGUUAUUAGCCAAUCCAGAGAUGUAUUACACUACUACUGUUUUACACAAGCUUGUACCAAAAGUACUUUUAGAAUGCACAUCUAUGUAGCAAUAAAUGCAGAGUCAAGAUUG